AUGAGUUUAGGAGUCAUGGAAGAGGAAGACCUGGCGGAGUACUUCCGCUUGCAGUAUGGGGAACGACUCCUGGAGUUGCUAAUGAAGUUCCCAUCAACAGAGGAGCAGUCACCAUCUCCAUCCAUCCGGCUCCUGGAGAAAAAGAAGGAGGCCAAAGUAAUGCAUCAAGCCAUGGAGGAAAAAAAAGAGACAUUUAAAAGGAGAAUGGAGGCCCUGAAUCUGCGCUGGGAGGAACUUGGGGUCAAGGAGGCCCAACUAAAGGCUCAUAUAAAGAAGUUUGAACAGUUUAUACAGGAAAAUGACCAGAAAAGAAUUCGAGCUUUGAAGAAAGCCAGCAAGGAAAGAGAAUUGAAGAGGCUGCGGGUGAAAGAAUUGUCUAAAGCUAAGCAAGAAAUGGCUGCUCUGAGACAGGAGCAUCAGAGGAUCAAUGCCAAGUUGCAGGAUUAUUCUAUCUUCCAAAAGUACUUGGAGAAGGUAGUGGAGAACUCUGAGUUUGAGGAGAUCCAUGAGGUUAUUGGACGCUACAAGACACUUGUGAGCAUGCACUAUGACUUGAUGCAGUCGGCCCAGGAGGGGCAGGAGAAAAUUGAUCGGGCCAAGGCCCGGCUUACUCGCUAUGUGGAAGAAAAGGAUGAUGAGGUCCUCCAGCAUAACAAUGAGCUUGCCAGGUUGCAGAUGCGAUAUGAUCGUGCCCGUAGCGAUGUCAUCAUUUGGGAAUCUCGAUGGGCACACAUCCAGAAUACAGCUGCCAAAAAAACCCUCCUGUUGGGCACCAUCAAGAUGGCAACGUUGAAUCUUUUCCAAAUUGUGAGCAAGCAACUGAAGGAGUCAACCCAAGUUCCCCUGGAGGAUACCCACAAGCAGCUAGACAUGAUCCAGGAGUUCAUCCAAGACCUGUCAGAUAUUUGGGCAGAGGUUAAGAAGAAGGAGCCUACACCAGUUCAAGCAAUCCUACCACAUAAGACAUAA